CUUACACUGAGGAACUGUUGACAUUCCUCUGUGACACAGAGCAGUGUGCUCAGGCACACACACACACGCACACACAGGAGCAGAGUGCUGUGAUAUGCACACAAUGGAGCAGCACGAGAAACUAAUGAAAUGGUACCCUCCGAGGAGAUUCGGGGGGUCCAAAUUUGUACUGGGUUUAGUCUUCAUUACUGCAUUUGUGAUCUUUGCAUUCAUAAUGUUAGAAAAAUAUGAUAAACCGCUGACUGAAAUAACCACUUUUUCCAACACCACUUCUCCCAAUGACACAGACACACCCAGACACACUAGGAACACUAGUGAGGAGCAUGGGAGGGGAAAGCGAGUGACGCGUUCCACAGUUUCUGCGUCUAGGAGUAGAUGGCGUUCAGAGUACAACAGGUAUCACAGAGCAAAUGUUACUAUCAUGGUCAACACUACAUCCACUCUUAUGCUUCAGACCUGUGACUAUGUGUGGUGCGGGGAGAAAGGAGCAUCAAUAGGAGAGAGAGAGGUAUAUGUAUGUUACAUUGCAGUGAUAAUGGAUUUAGGAUACUACAGAGAAGGAGGACCCAUAUGUUCCUCAUGGAAGCAGGCUGUUUGGGUUACGGGUGAUGUAGGUUGGUGCUAUGAAGUUCCUAACGACCACACAAACCUAACCAAUAGAUUGUCAAUAAAGAAAGUAAACUAUUCCUCAACAGGCAUCUUGUUAACAUUGACCAAUGCUCAGUAUUCCGACCAAGGUUACUUCGUUGUGUGUAUUAUAACCUUAGGGAGGCUUCCCUGCGGAUUUUUCUACCUUGAAGUAAUCUCACCUCACAUAUUUGACACAGAAUCACCACAUUUGACGCAGACUUUUGAAAGUUUAUCUAACAGAUGGGGAUCUUCUGAUGCAUGGCUUGGCCUAGUUAAGAAGUACACACGUGAUGUAGGGUAUAAUGACUCUUGUUAUGUUUGCUCACUAUUUCCCCACUCUCAGAAGCAGGCUACCCCAGUAAAACCACACACAUUGAAUCUCACAGAAGUUGUCUGUGCUCUGACAGCACUCAAGGAUGUUAGAGAGGAGGGGGGGUCAGUUCUAUUCGGCUUCUAUUCAAACUUCACCUUGUGGAGGUUUUGCGAAUCGCACUGUGCAUGCUCCGAAUGGUACUAUCUUCACAACUAAAAAUGGAAAAGCAUCUGAUAGUAUAGGACAGUUUCACCAUAGCCUUAUGAAGAAUUUGACGCAUGCCUUAUGCAUUGAACAACCUCGUCGCAUGGGUUCUCAGUAUUUGGGGGUAACCUCGGGUUGUCAGCAGACUUUGAAUUGUACGUGCGCAACAGGGAAAUUAAACAUUAGUGCAUGCUUACACUCCACACCGGGGUAUCUUAGUGCUUCAGUACUGAUAUCAUCUUUGACUCACACCAUGCGUUGGCCUGAUGAUUCUGGCGCAGGGUCUCUAGUGGAUUAUGUUUGGCUUUGUGGAGAUCAUUGGUAUCAGAUUUUGACUCCACGAUGGGCAGGAAGAUGUAGUAUGAUAUAUUUGACACCUGCCAUUACAGUUAUGACUUCCCUUGUGCAUACAACUCACCACUAUCCCAUGUACGUGCCCACAUCUGAUGUUUCUACUAGAGAAAAGCGAGAGGUUACCAGCCCAGGAACUAAAUUUGCAGCAGGAUUCUUUCCUUGGUAUGGGACAGUGAAAAAUGCACAUAAUAUUGAUCAGGUUCAGGAAAGUCUUGAGAAUUUGACUGCCAUGAUGAUUUUAGGGUUUGGAGAAUUUCCUCCUGUUAUGCGAGCUAUGAGAAACAUGCUAAUGCAGCAUCAGAUGGGAUUGGACCUAUGCUAGCAGCACAGGGGGGAUUAUGUCACAUCAUAGGCACACACUGCUGCACAUUCAUCCCAGACAUUUCAGGAAACAUCACUGACACCAUUCACCACUUGAACCUACUUUUGAGUAAUCUCAAAGCACAGGACGUCCCAGAACACUAUGCACUGGUGGGCCUGGGGUUUUCAAAGGAAAGCUUGGUUAGCUAGAUUUGUUGCACCACUAAUAACUUUGAUGUUUGGUUUCCUGAUCUGUGUAUGCUGCAUAAUCCCACUUGUCAAGAAAAUGAUUUCCUCCAUCUUCAUGGUGAACAUGAUACAGUAUCCGGCACUUCAGAACACUGAGUCCUCUGACUUGUUUCGUAUGUCCAGAUAUGGUGAUGAGGUCCUGGACAUUGUUUCUGAUAUUGGUAAGACUGAUUAAAAUUUUGUUUUAAUGAUUUUUACUUAGACGUGAAA